UACAUUGUCUGACUCUUGUGGGCCGGAGAAUAUGUUAACUUGCUGUUUGUUUCUUAUUUAAUAUUUAAGUUGAUUGUUUAGUUUGUUGAUUCUAUUCUCUUUUUUGUUGUUGUUAAUAAUUUCUUACAUUCUUGAAAAUUACUAUCAUACCAUUGUUCAUUACACGAUCACAAGCAGCUACCUACUAUAAACCCAAAAAACAAGACGGAUCACUCACGCGGUGUUAAUAUAAAAGUUAUUUGUUCGUGUUAUAGUCUAUAGAUCAACAAUGGAAUCAAUCCAUUUGGGUAGAAAUGCAGCAUCAAAUGUGGUUCAUUGCCCGUUCAACAUGGCCCACACAAUGCCUCAAAAAACUUUAAUAUUGCAUUUAACGAAAUGCCCAGACAGGAAGCCGAACCAAAGCAUAUGUCCAUUUAAUUACUUACACGUGGUGGAAACUUUGUAUUUGGCUGUUCAUGAAGCACAGUGUCCCGAUCGCCUAGAUUUUGAUCAAAUGGUUUACCAAGCAACAGAAACUAAGCAUGAUGUUACACUUAAAGUGCCUGAAUUAAUUGAUGAUCUGGAUGAAACAUGGGAUGAUGCAAGUACCUACCAACAACGUUCAAACAAACCAACCAUUCCUGUUCAAAAUGUAAUCAAAACUAUUAAUCAAAAGCCAUGUUUCAUGAAACCACCAGCAGGCUACACAAAAUCAGAACGAAAAAAAUAUCGCUCAGAUGCACAAAAGGCAUAUCAAAAUGUAGACCUGUCAUACAAACCCAAUUCAAGAAUAAAUGAUCAUUUUUAUUUGUUUUGUUUUAUUUAUAUUUUAACUUAAUAUUA